AUGACGACAAUCAGUCUCCGGAAGGGAAACACCCGUCUCCCACCGGAAGUAAACCGCGUCCUCUACGUCCGUAACCUUCCGUUCAACAUAACAAGCGAAGAGAUGUACGAUAUAUUCGGCAAAUACGGCGCAAUUCGCCAGAUCCGAAUCGGAACCAACAAAGACACUCGCGGCACCGCUUUCGUCGUCUACGAGGACAUCUACGACGCCAAAACCGCCGUCGAUCAUCUCUCUGGUUUCAACGUUGCCAAUCGUUAUCUCAUCGUUCUUUAUUAUCAGCAAGCUAAGAUGAGUAAGAAGUUUGAUCAGAAGAAGAAGGAAGAUGAGAUUGCUCGUAUGCAAGAGAAGUACGGUGUUUCGACCAAAGAGAAGUAG